AUGAGCGAAAUCCCGGCCGACUGGAUCUGGGAUCAGGAUGCGGUCAAGGACACGCCAUCCGCGCGCAGAGGAAUGACGCUGGAUGAGGAGGACCGGCUACGGCGCGAAGGCGUCAAGAUCAUCAUGGAGAUCGGCAAGCUGAUGAAAUUAAAGCUUUCACCGACGCUGGGCCCGGCCGCCGUCUUCUUCCAUCGCUUCUACAUGGUCAACUCUUUUCAGGAACACCCGCGGGAGAUGGCCGCCCUGGGCUGCCUGUUCCUGGCCGGCAAAGUGGAGGAGACGCCGAAGAAGUGCCGCGACCUGGCGGUGAUGGCGCGCAACAAGUUCCCCAGCCUCUACGACCGCCAUCGCAAUUUGAUCGACGAGAUCAUGGCCUACGAGCGCAUCAUACUGCACUCGCUCAACUACGUGCUCGUCAUCGAAAUGCCCUACCGCCACAUUGUCGACUACGUGACGGCGUUUCAUUUAGCGCCCGACCAGAGCAAGAUGGUCAUCCAGACGGCGUGGACGUUCGUGAACGACUCGCUGGCGACGAACAUUUGCCUCUGCUGGGAGCCGGAGAUCAUUGCCGUGGCGUUGACGAAGCUCGCGCUCACGAUGAAGCGGCUCGAGGAACGGCCGGGCCCGAAUUGGUGGGACCAAUACGUCGCGAACCUGCCCGUCGACAUGAUAGAAGAGAUUUGCCAUCGGGUGCUCGACUUGUACGGCCUCGCGGAGACGUUCGACUUCAUGACGAACCAGAAUUCCGAAUCCCCGGCCACCCCUGUCACGCCGCUAUCC